AUGGGUGACAGUGGGCCCGAGUUCAAGAAGCUUGGCAUGAUUGGCGUAGGGAGCAUGGGUGGGAUGAUGUCUCUUUUAUAUGCCGAACAUGGCGUUGAAGUCCAUUACUAUGAUCCCAAGGAAGAAAACGCCGACGCUUUGGAAGAAAAUGCAAAAGCAAUCCAUCUCGAGAAGAGUGUGGUACGGCAGAAAGACUACAAAGACCUGUGUGAGAGUCUUUCCUCUCCCAACUCACCCAAGCUUUUCGUCUUCAGCACUCCACAUGGCUCCGUGGGCGACGAGAUCGUCAAGGGACUACAGCCGCACCUGAACAUGGGCGACAUCAUCCUCGACUGUGCGAACGAGCAUUGGCAGAACACCGAACGACGACAGGAGGAACUAGAACCUGACGGGAUCCACUACAUUGGAUGCGGUGUCAGCGGCGGGUAUCAGAGCGCAAGAUCCGGUCCGUCCAUGUCGCCAGGAGGGAACGCCGAGGCGUUGAAGAAAGUGCUGCCCUUUCUGCAACGAGUUGCAGCCAAGGAUAGACAAGGCCGGCCGUGUGUGACGGCGAUCGGACCAGGCGGAAGUGGGCACUACGUGAAGAUGGUGCACAACGGAAUCGAACAGGGCAUGUUGUCGGCGAUUGCGGAGGUCUGGUUUAUCAUGAACAGGUGUCUGAAGCUGAAAUAUGAGCGGAUUGCCGAGAUAUUUGAAUCGUGGAACCAAGACGGCCCCUUGCAGGACAACUUCCUCGUCUCGAUCGGCGUCGACAUCAAUCGCACCAAGGACAAAGACGGCCAUUUCGUGCUGGCCAGUAUUUUGGAUAAAGUGGUCCAAGACGUCGACAACUCCGAGGGAACUGGAGUCUGGACCUGCGAGGAGACGAUGCGGUUGCAUGUCCCAUCGCCCACGAUCGCCACUGCACAUCUUUUCCGCCUCGCUUCAGCUGAUGCAGCCCGGCGCCUGGCCGUGAACAAGUCCUUCAACGGCGGCGUGCAGCCCGGCGUGAUCAAACUGGAAGUGCCACACGAGAAGUCUCUGCCGUCAUUCAUCGAAGACUUGAAGCUCGCUCUGUAUGCGGCGUUCCUGUCCUCGUUCGUCCAAGGUCUUCAGAUCAUCAAGGCCAUGGACCACGAGAAGGGCUGGAACCUCGACUACCGUGCAAUCAUCCAAAUCUGGCGCAGUGGCUGCAUCAUCACCAGCGGGUAUAUCUCCGAUCUGCUGGACGGGGUGUUUGCGCGACCUGACCACGACGACGACAAUCUGCUGGCCAACCAAGAACUGGGCGACGAGCUGAACAAGUGUUUCCCUCCACUGAAGAACGUCGUGCUCAAGAGUCUUGAGGCCGACGCAUACAUUCCCUCCCUAAGCGCCACGCUCGAGUACUACAAAUACUCAGGCUCGACGGAGCUGCCCACCCAAUUCAUGGAGGCCGAGCUCGACUAUUUCGGCGAGCAUAGCUUCGACCUCAAAUCCGAGGGGCCCGGCGAGCCUGUCAAGGGGAAACAUCAUUACGAGUGGAAGCCUGCGGAGGGAAUAGCCGACGAGAAACAAGAAAGUAAAUUAUGA